AAAACAGCGGCGACAAGAACAGCGGUCAGUCAGCAUUCAGGUCUUUUCGUGACCCCCACGUGAUUCGCGCAAAUGCGCCAGUCGGCUUUUGCCGCGGCCGCGGGCCCGCCGCCGCCGCCAGGCGGCGGCGGCGCCGCGGCGGCCGGCGGUGCCGGCGGCGGCUUCACUGCCGCUGACCUGAAGAACGCGAUUGCCGCGCUGCAGCACCAGCACCAGCAGCAGCAGCACCAACAGCAGCAGCAGCACCAGCAGCACCAAGCAGUGCUGCAACAGGCGGCGGCGGCGGUGGCGCGGCAGCAAGCGGCGGCGGACCAGCAGCAGCAGCACCAGCACCAGCAGCAGCAACAGCAGCAGGCCGCGAUCAUGGAUGCCGCGGUGCGGCUGCAGCAACAAAUGGCGACGCCGCUAGCGAGCCCGGGUCCUGCCGGCCAUCACCACGCACAACUCAUGUCGCCGGGCCCAGGCGGCUACGGCGGCGGCGGCGACGGCGGCGGUGGGCUUGGCGGCGGUGGCGGGAGCCGCUUUGACGCGCUGACGUCAGCAAUGGCUGCCGCUGCGGCCGCCGGCGGCGGCGGCGGAGGUGGCGGCGGCGGUGGCGGCGGGUACGGGAGCUACAGCCGGUAUGGAGGAGCAGGUGGUGGCGGCGGCGGCGGCGGCGGCGGGGGGUACGGCGGCCUGGGCGGCGGCGGCGGCGGCAGUGCGUGGGGCACGCCGCCACCGAGCCCCGGCCCCGGCGGCACGAGCGGCAUGUACUCGGGCUACGGCACGCCGUCACGUGGAGGCCCCUCGCCCGCCGGCUCGACGUACGGUGGCGGCGGUGGCGGCGGCAUGUGGCGGGGCGGCCAGCCGGGUGGGGGCGGCGGCGGUGGCUCCGUGUAUGACAUGAAGAGCCCGGCUAGCAUGUCUCCCGCCGCCGCCAGCCUGCAGAAUGCGGCGGCGCACCACCAGCACCACCAGCAGCAGCACCCAGGGCAGCAGACCCCCGCCUCUUGCGCCUCGCCCGUGCCCUCCGGAUCCACUCUCUGGUCGGGCGGGCCCUCGGGCUCAUUCGAGGCCGCCGCCUCCUCGGCCUUUGGAUUCGGCGGCGGCGGCGGCGGCCCACACGACCUCCUGGGCUCACACCAACAGUCGCCGCUAUCCUCCAUGUCCUCAUUCGCCGGCGGCAUGGGCGGCAUGGGCGGCGGCGGCGGCCUGCAGCGUGCCGGGGGCUCCUUCAACCUCAUGACCAGCCCCGGCCCCGGCGGCGCCGCCAUGUGCCCCUCACCCUACGGCGGCGGCGGCGGUUUGUACGGCACCGCUCCUAGCAGCCCCGCGCCGCCGCCGUACACGCAGCAGCAGUACCAGCAGUACGGAGGUGCAGGUGGCGGCGGCGGCGGCGGCGGGCACACGCGGGGUCUGCUGCGCACCAGCUCGCUCAACACCAAGAAGAGCGCCCCCAACCGCGUGUGCUGUAACGCGCUGCUUGCGGCCUACGCCCGCGCCACACCCACACAGUGGCAGCGCGCCAUCCGGCUGCUUGAGCUGAUGUGGCAGAUCGGCGGCGAGUUGUGUCCCGACAUUGUCAGCUACAACACAGUCAUAAAGGCGUGCGGCAACGCCGGGCAGGUGGACCUGGGCUUCAAGGUGUACGGCCUCAUGCGGCGCCGCGGCAUCGAGCCCUCCGUGGCCACCUACGGCACCCUGGUGUGCAUCGCGGCGGACGCAGGAGCCAGCGGCAGAGUCAUUGAGGUGUGGGGCUGGCUGCGGGCCAGCGGGCUGGAGGUGCAUGUGACGUGCGCCAACGCAUACCUGGCGGCCCUCAUAAAACAGGGCGAGUGGGACGCUGCCGUGGGCUUCUUCCGCUCGCUGCUGCGCGGCGGCUCGCCCUGCCGCCCCAACACCAUCACCUUCAACACGCUCAUGGCGGGAUGCCUGGACAGGGGCCAGCCGGAGCAGGUGCUGACGCUGUUCCACGAGCUGCAGUCGGUGUGCGGCCUGGCGCCCUCGGUGUCCAGCUACGGACACGUGGUGGCGGCGUACGGCGGACUGGGGCGCUGGGAGGACGCAUUCAACGUGGUGGCCUUCGUGUGCAGGCCCGACAGCUCUGUGCGACCGCACGUGUCGCUCUUCACCUCCCUGUUCACCGCGCUGAGGGGCGCGGCCGAGGAGGCGGCGGCGGCGGCCACGGCGGCGGCCGGUGACGGCGCCACCACAGCCGCCGCCGCCGCCGCGCUGCUGGCGCUGGCACGUCACAUGCACGACCUUCGCAACCUACUCAAGAUGUACCCCCACCUGCAUCCCGACACCGCCUGCCACCGCGCCAUGAUCGGUGCCUUCGCCGCUGUGGGCGAGGUGGACGUGUGCGUGGAGCUCUUCAACGUGCUGCUGCUACUGCCGCCGCCACAGCCGCCGCCGCCCACGCCGCAGCAGCAGGCAGCAAACGCGGCGGCGGCAGCCGCCAACGCCGCCGCUACUGCCGGCGCGGCGGCGGCGGCGGCUGUGGGGGGUGGUGCUACAGCCGGCGGCGGUGGGCAGCAGCAGCAGCAGCAGCACCCGCAGCCGCCGGGCACGCCACCACUGGCCCCUGGAAACCCCCUGGAGCUGCUCGGGAGCGAUGGCGGCAGUAGCAACGCCGGCGGCUCGGGCGGCGGCGCGGCGGCGGCGGCGCCGCCGCACGUGGUGCGGAUGCACCACAUUUCUGCGGCGGCUGUAGCAGCGGCACCGCAGCCGCAGAGCCCUACCACGCACGUCGCCAGCAGUGGCGGGCGCGAGGCGCUGGCGCUACAGCCGGCGGGCGAGGCGGGCGCCACGGGCGCAACUGCUGCUACUGCCGGCAGUGGCGGGAAGGAAACGGAGAUGGUGGCGGCGCCGGGCUCGCCGACCUCCCCUGCAACGGCGCCGGCGGCUGCUACUGCCGGCGGCGUGGAUGCGGAGGUGGCGACGCAGGUCCUCCGCGCCAUCUGCAUGCACCGCGCCUGGGACAAGGCCGUGCAGCUGCUCAAGGUGCUGCAGGACCACGGCCCUCCGCUGCCCGCCUCCGCCCUGCGUGUGGUGCUCGAGGCAAUGGCGCUGGAUGCCGCAUGGACCGCCGCAUACAGCGUACUGCAGAUGCUGUGCAGUCCGCUGCUGCCGGGCUCCGUGAGCGGCGCCGGCGGACUGCUAGACGAGCUGGUGGGGGGUCUCAAGGAGAGCGGCUCCACGGAGCUGCUGUUCCUGGCGCUGCUGGCGGCCAAGGACGAGGCGGGUGCAUGGGGGGAGGCGCUCAGCAUGUUCAACUGGCUGCUGAGGGAGGCGCGGCCCGACGCGCUGGUGCGCUCGCCCGACCUGUACCGCAUCAUGUACGAGGUGCUUGUGGUGCGCGGCGGUGUGGAGGGGCUGGCGGCGGCGCUGGACAUUGCGCGGCAGGCGCACGCGGAGGGCUUCCUGCAUUGGUACAGCCGCCCUCGCCCCGCAACACCACCGCCAGCAGCAGCAGCAGCAGCCGGCGACAACGGCGGGUCCGGCUCCGCCUCCCCCGGCGGCGACAGCGCCAGCAGCCCCCGCAUUGCUGGCGGCGCCGCCGGAGGCGCUGGGACUGGUGGCGGCGGCGGCGGCGGCGGCGGCUCGGUGGUUGUGCUUGAGGGCCUGAGCCGCAUUGAGACCAUAGUGACGCUAUUGGCGUGGCUGCAGGAGGUCAGGGACGCAGCCACCGGCGGCGCCACCGGCAGCGGGCCCCGCGCCCGGCUGAACGGCCCCUGGGUGGACAUCCUGGCGCCCGACUCGGCAGGGGCGGGCGACGCCACCGCCGCCGCCGCAGGCGCCUCCGCCGCCGCCGCCACCGGCGGAGACCCCAUCGCCGGCCUCCUCGGCCUGUCCGCCGCCGCCGCCUCCGCCAUGCAGCCAGGCGGCGGCGGCGGCGGCGGAAAUGACGAGCAGCAGCAGCGGCAGCAGCAGCAGCAGCUGGCGGCGGCUGCGGCGGCGGCGGCGCCGCACUCGGUCCGGCCCGCCAUAGCGCUGGUGCUGGAAGGCCGCAUUGGGGAGCUGCUGGGGGUGGGGCCCGACUCACCCCCUGAGCACAGGUCGCUGUUCCCGCUGCGCGGCCCGGUGCGCGCCUACCCCGGCCUGGACCCGGCCCGCCCCGGCCUCAUACGGGUGGAGGCGGCCAGCGUGUACGGCGCCAUGGGGCUGUGAGCAGGGGAGGAGGGGGAGGGGGAGGAGGACGAGCAGGAGGCCGGGAGAGGCAGGAGCGUGGCGACGGCGAGGGCACACGUACACAGCGCCGGCGGCGCCGGACGUCAACAGCGGCAACGGCAGCUGCUUAGUGAUGGGGAGCAGGGGCAUGGGCCAGGAAGCAGGCUGCUUGCAGCUGCGGCUGCGGAGCAGUUGCGGUGGCGCCGGUGCAUGUGAGCCAGGGGCCAGAAGCAACGGCGGCGGCGGCGGCAGCAUCAGUAACAGCAGGAAAGGCAUGUGGGGCGGUGAGCCGUCGGCUGAGUGAGUCGUACGUGACGCGGACAGGCAGGAGAGGGGCACGGCACGAAACUGGACCGUAACGGGUUGCAGCAGACACCCCAGCAGGAUGGCUGUGUGUGGCCAUGUGUGUGUGUUUGUGCGCGUCUGCAACUGCGUAUGUAUGCAUCCAUGCACGCAAGCUAGGCGUGAGCGCGGCGGCCCCAACGGGCUGCAGGAAUGAGCGAUGAGCGCAGUAGCAGCAGUAGCAGCAGCAGCAGGUAGGGGCAGGGUUAUGUCCGUGCGGGGCGUGACAACACACGGUGGCGCGGGAGGCUGUGCUGACGUGAUGACUUGAUGCGGCGGAAAGGUGGAGAGGUGGAAGAGGCGCAAAGGCGCUAGCUGGGAGUUUUUGGGUAAAACGCCGGCACACCCUACCGCCGCAAGCGGCGGCGGUGGCCGGUGGCAAGCGAUUGUGUGGGCAAGCGUGACGAAGUGCGAUGUGCGCGGCAUGGUAAGCGGGUGGGCUUAUGAUUUCUGUAGCGGCGGUGCCGGUACCUUUCCCCCUGGAUGUGCGCGGGAUUCCGCGUCUGAGAAAGCAUCGAGUGGCCGGGCCGGAUCGUGCCAAGUGAUGUGGCUUCAGGCAUGAAAGGAGUUUUCCCCGUGAUGCAGCAUUGCGAAGGACAGGGCGGAACGCGGCCGAGAAUAGGUUUCCUUUCGUGCUGCCUCACAUUGGGUGUGAACUGGAGGCGGCGGUGGAUGGGAGAGCAGCGAGGAGGUAGGACGAAGGCGCACUGAGUCCUGGUCACAUGCAUACGCCGCUAGUAUUCGAGCAGUGCCGCUAGCAGUUGAGCAGAGCAGCAGUAGUGCUAAAUGGGAUCGCGACAUUUGGCUUUUAAUUGAUGAAGUAAUAAUUGCAUCGAGGUGGCGUGUGUUCACGGACACCCCUAAAAGAUAACGGACGUUCCCCCCACGGACCCCCCGACGACGUGGUUUGGCGUCGGCAGGCCGUGAGCGUGUUCCCCCAUUUGGAUCGGACCCGUGAGACUAGGGCGUGUGGGCGGAUGCAGGGCGCAUUGAGAGCGCAGUGUUUGUGAGAAAGGAAGUUGACGGACGUGACAGAGGAGGCGCACGGGACGCGCUACAAAAGAUGCGCUGCACUCGAGUUAAAGCGUUACGUUCAGUUGUAACAUGAGGAGUUG